AUGGCCGUCAUCCGAAACAUCGGGGCCACCCUUUUGGGUGCUGCAGUGGCGAACUUUCUGCCCUUCCUCUUCCUCCAGGCCGGCAUGAGCAGCGUUUCCGCCAAGUGGGUCUGGAUGACAAGCCCACCCAAGUGCGCGCCGGCAGCACCUAGCACAUGGGACUUCGGCGGCAUGGCCAACAUCGCUGCUGGUGCCACGGCAAACGUCACGUGCAAGAAUGGGGGCACUGCCUCGGUGGCCACCGUCUCCUGCCCCUCCACGAACGAAGCCGCCACCCAGCCCUCUCAGGACCCAGACUGGUGGGGCCCCUGUGGCUUUGGUGACUCCUGCGUUCAGGACCUGAGCAUCGGUAGUGAUGUGACCUGCACAGGGGGCACCUCCACGGAUGCCGGUAACAGCGUCCGCUUCGCGGCGGUGUCCGGCGCCUCGGCUGUGGCGGGACUGCUGGUGCUCCAGUGA